CAGAAGACUUGGAAUCUAGGCAGUGAGAGAGACAACUGCAGAAUCAUCGGCGUGGAUGAAGGCUUUGGUGAAACGCGACCGCAGCUUGCUGUUGAUAAGAUGCUACAAGAUGCGCUAGCCCUCGACUACUCUCCGAAGUUGGACCGGCCUCACAGGAGUCUGCAGCCCAAGCGGAAAGAUGGGAACCCGCCUAGACCCAUUGUGGUUAAGUUUCACUACUUCCAGGAGAAGGUGGACAUCCUGCGGAAAUCUGCGGCAGUGGGAGCCAUCUUUCACAACAACAGGUGGAUCCACAUUUACGCCGACAACACACCCUCGGUGAGGGCGAAGCGGGCUGCCUUCAAUGAGGUCAGGGGACUGCUGCGCCGCUGCCCCAAGGUGAAGUAUGGCAUCUCGUACCCGGCUAUACUUUGGAUAACUACUCCAGGAGGUGAGCAGAAGUCGCUUGAUAACGCAUCCGAGGCCAGAGCCUACGUUAUGAGCAACUUACAGCCACGAGAUUCGGAGACAGAGUGAGUAUUAUGUGCUCUAAAUGGAACAAAAUAAUCGUCUGUUUCCAGCCAGCAUGCUAGCAUAAUAGCUAACCACUAUGUCUAACCUGCUAGCUGCUGGGCAGCUGGACAUUAUCUAUCAGCAUUAUAUCCUGUAUGCUUAGGCACAGACCCUCACUUAAUGUGUCCCCGUCCCCCCCAAUGUUGAAAUGAAAGUUACGCUCAUGCUCAGAAGUGUCAUCCAGCUGGCCGGCCCAACAGACCUAUCAGAAUCUGUUGGGCCGGCCACGCCCCCCGCUGUUGGAUGGUCUCCAUAAUGUGGUUAUUUCUCCUGCAGUGAUCUGUGAUGGCUGAUUUUAAGUUUUCCUGUUCUGCUUUGUCUUUUUGUGUCCUUGUGAAUCUCCCCGCUGUCUCUUUCUCACAUUCUUUUAGAUGUUCGUUUUUCCUUGUAUUAAAUGAUCUUCCUGUUUCUCCGAUGUAUGUUUUCGUGCAUGAUUUGCAUGGUAUUUCAUAUAUUACACUGCAGUUUGUGUCCGGUUCUAUUUUGUCUUGCAGGUGUAGGCCUACUAGCAACUGACGAAGUUUUGCAUGUGGCUUUACGGCUGUGUUGAUGUGAUGUUUUUUCAUGAUUAGUUGUAUUGGUUCUGUUAUCCCCCGCAUGUUGUGUCUCUGUUUUUAUUGUCAGUUUUUGUGUGUGUUUUGUUUUCCUUUCUUCUUGCUUCUUCUCUUUGGUUUUGACUUGUUGUUUUCCUUUGUUCAGGGCCCAUCUGGGAUAUUGGCAGAGUGUGAGUGCGUGUUGUAGGCCUAUGUGUUUUCCUUCCUCCUGUCUGUCUUUAUCUUCGGUUAUGAAGCUGGCCCGUUCGUAAAGAGUUCUGCCGACUGAGAGUUUGUGAGCUGUGGGAUGUUCUGAUGUCCAGAGGAGGUACUGGUCUGUGUGUGUGGGUUUCCUGUAAACUGUGAUUUUAAUGCUGCCGUCUUCUCUGUGGUGAAUGUUCAUGUCCAGAGAUGAUAUGGUCUCUUUUAACGGGCCAGCAUCAUAACCGAGGAUAAAGAACAAUAUGGAACAAUAUUAAAAAAUAAACUUAACUCAAUAAAGAGCUGUGGUGGAAACACUGAUAAAACAACACAAAAGAAUAUAUGAACAGAUAUACAUAUAGAUAUAUAGAUAUUUACACACAUCACAGUAGGAGACUGUUGGUUAGCAGCUUACUGUGACACACAGACAGUGGUGGGAAGUAACUAAGUACUGUACUGAAGUACAACUUUGAAGUACUUGUACUUUACUUGAGUAUUUCCAUUUUAUGCUACAUUUUACUGUAAGUGUGAAGGGUUAAAAUGUAUUUACAGGAUUUUUGUUUUUAAAUGACAUGAGUUAAAUGUGUUUAAAAAGUCAUUGGGACUAAAGUACAGUUCAUAUGAGGCUGUGAUUCAGUUCAUGACUAAAAUAAUAAGUUAAAUGUGUUUAAAACUGUAAAUGUUCAUUUACACAACUGAAAGAGAAAAUGUUAGACCCAUGGAGUUAUCCAAUCAGCUUCCAUCAGUCACUCUGAUCAACCAAUCACGCUCCAGCAGUUUCAUAGAGCGUGCGCUGUUUGCAACACCAUCACCACUAAGUGACUGCACUGAGACACAGAGGAAGACAUCUUACCAUCUACCCAACGAAAAACUCCACCUGCUAUGUUUUAUAUUGAGUAUGUUGCUGUGCAGAAUUCAACUUUUGGACCUUUCCGGUGUGCCAGAUGAGACAUGAGGGAGAAGAUGAUGUGCAUCAUCCUGCUGCUCAUCAACCUGACCUCCUGUGUGUGUGGAACAUUUGUAGUCAAUGUGACACAGACCUCCUAUCAGGCAGAGGAGAACCACAACAUCACGCUGGAGUGGAUGUUCACCACCAAACCUGGCAGCUCCCUCGACUCCCUUUUUAUCUACUGUCAACUGUUGACUGAUCUCAGAGCCUCAGUCCUGUAUGACCUUCAUGGAGGUGUUGAGGUCCCAGAGUCUCAGGAUGGACAGUUUAAAGGACGGGUCCAGUGUGACAAAGGCGUCCUCAGAGAGGGACGACUCAGACUUCAUGUGUCCAGACUCAGGACUGAUGACUCGGGACUGUACAUGUGUCAAGUGUUCACACGUUAUGGCAGCAGCACUGCUACAUGUCGGCUCAAUGUCACUGCAGCAAAGGCUUCGCCCAAACCUGUGAGACCAAACCCAACAAGUGCACCACAACCAGAGAGUUGGGGAUGGAUCGUCUUACAUUGUCUCCUGGGACUGACAGCAACAGCAGUCCUGGGUCUUUUGGGUUAUUUUUUAUUCAGACACUUUGUGCCUAGAGAACAAGUGUGCCCAAGACAACUAGAGUUUAGCACUCAGCCAAGAGAACAAGAUUCCUGCUCAGAUCAUAGUGAUAGAUCUGAGUCAGCUCCACUCUCCCCAAAUACAUCACUGGAAACUGUUGCAUCUGACAUCUGUCAGCCUAUCCCAGAUGACAAUGGGUGAGAGGCAGGGUACACCCUGGACAGGUCAGACUAUCACAGGGCUGACACAUAGAGACAGACAACCAUUCAAACUCACAUUCACACCUACAGACAAUUUAGAGUCACCAAUUAACCUGCAUGUCUUUGGACUGUGGGAGGAAGCUGGAGCACCUGGAGAAAACCCGCGCUGACACAGGGAGAACAUGAGAUCUCUGCACAGAAGGAACCCUCUUACUGUGAGGCAACAGUGCUAACCACUGCACCACCAUGCUGCCUAAUUCUAACAUGCAGAGCAUUAACUUUUUUUUUUGUAAUGUGGCGUUUAAACUCAGAUGUACUGUUACUGUUUUAUUUGUGUCUGUCAGCUGGCUGAUAUUUUUUACAGUCUGUUAUUUACGGUCAUUAUUUCAUUGUAUGUAUGCUCAAAAGAAAAGCUCUUGAGAAAAGCACUCUGCCUACUUCCAUCUACACAAUACUAACCGCCUUCGCCCAUCCCUCCCACCACACAGCACCUCCCUCCUUUUUGGUCUCCCUCUCAAAUCCAUCCACAAACUUCAACUAGUCCAGAGCUCUGCCGCCCGCAUCAUCACCAGAACCCCCUCCAUCAAUCACACCACUCACUGUGUCUGCCUUGUUUACCAUAUAAAGCAAAUCCAGACAUUUGUACAUUUACCUUUUGAAUUUAAAUUUAUGCUGGUUUAUUAAUAUCAUGCAAUCUGUAAAUCUGCAGCCAUGAAUUUGGAUCUUAUGUCCAGAGUUUUGAUACAGCUUUGAGUUGAACAUUCAUUCAUUUUCUGUAAUCGCUUAUCCUCUUGAGGGUCGCAGGGGGGCUGGAGCCUUUCCCAGCUGACACUGGGCGAAAGGCCAAAGCCAGACUAUCACAGGGCUGACACAUGAGCCCCUUUUACACUGCCAGAUUUUCUGCAAAUGUUGGGCCAUUUUGCAGGCAAGCUGCGAGCGUUUAGACACACAGAGCCAGAUUAGUGAGUUGAUCCGAGGAGCCCAGUUUUCCGCUUCGUAGGGUAAACAUAUUGGCGGAGUCUUUUUCUUUUAAAGAGAACGAGGCGCCCUUCUGCCAUGGGAGGGGCUGUUGAUGACUUGUGGGAGGGGCUGUUGAUGACGCCGCUUGUGCAAAGGAAACAGCUGAUAGCAGGAAUUAGCGAGCAGCUAGUAGCAAGAGAGAAAUGCAAACCUGACAUACACUGUAAAGAUGAGCACCUGGGGAGACAAGGAAUUGCGCGUCCUCCUUGUCCUCACAAAUGAAAAGGUCAUUAACUGUCGGAUGACGGGGACGGUGAAGGACGGGCCGACUUAGAUAAUCGCUGAAGGACUGACCAGCCGCGGCUUCCCUCCCACGUCACUGUUUACGUCACACGCUGAGCUACACGUUUUGUUACUUGCUCACGCCCCCCAUUGCACUCCCCAAUUUUGUUUUUAUACUGCCAAUGCUGAACGAAGACGGAUUGGGCUUUCCUGCAAAUUUGCACAAUUCCUAUUUAAAAAGGGCUAUAGAGACUUACAACCAUUCACACUCACAUUCACACCUACGGACAAUUUAGAGUCACCAAUGAACCUGCAUGUCUUUGGACUGUGGGGGGGAAGCCGGAGCACCUGCAGAAAACCCAUGCUGACACGAGGAGAACAUGCAAACUCCACACAGAAGGAACCCUCUUGCUGUGAGGCAAUAGUGCUAACCACUGUACCACUGUGCCGCCUAAUUCUAACAUGCAGAGCUUUAACUUUUUUUUUUUUUUUGUAAUGUGCCCUUUAAACUCAGAUGUUUUAUUUGUGUCUGUUACAGUUGGCAUAUAUAUUUUACUGUCUGUUAUUUAUGGUCAUUAUUUCAUUGUAUGUAUGCUCCAAAGAAAAGCUCUGAGUUGUUAACACUGGUAUUAAUAUUAUAGAGCAGCAGAGGGAGCUCUUCGGUCUUGUUUGCUCUUCUGUCUGCAGGUUACAGCUGUGAUUGAUUAGACCAGUGGAUCACAACUGGUUAGUCGCAGUCCAGAAGUGAGCCACAGGUUCAUUCUGAAUGGACCGCAACUCUGCAAGUGACUUACAAACGUGUCAAGUUGGUAAAAAACACAUUUUAUUUUGAAGUACAGUGAUUUGCCAGCACAGAGCUUUUAUUUUGAAGUGUUAUUUCCUGGCAUUUCAGUAUCCAUCCCUAGCUGGGCCACAGGGAGGUUACCUCUGGGCCAGAUGUGGCCCAUGGGCCUACUGAAUAGGUCAGCAGUAUUCUUUUGUUGUACAGUUCUAGUUUUCUUAUUUGUACCACUGAUAAUAAAUAAUAGAUUUGUUUUUUAAAGAAGAUGCACCGUGUGUGUGUGUUGGGGUGGAAUUGGGCACCACACAGAGAGGGCACCUAUAUUGCCAGCAGCAGCCCUGCCCCUAACACAACAACUGGUCUGGUACUUUCUCCUUGAGUGACAAAGGAUUAUGGUGUGGUUACUGUACUAUUUAAAAUAAAUAAUAAUAAUAAUAAAGCACCAGAGCUCAUGAGCUCAUGUUUUCAUUGACAGAGUUUCUGUUGUUGCUGAUUUUUUUGUACAGCACUUUGGUCAAUGUGAGUUAUUUUUAUAUGUGCUUUAUAGACUUCAAUACAGAGCCUGGACUUAACAAUGUGUGUUCACUGAAUGCUAGGGAGGACUCUUGCCUUGCCCACACAGGAUCCUUGGGAGGAGCACCCGUCCUCCAGAGGUUAGAAUUCACUGGCUGGUGCCAAUCUUUUGUGUUGUGGGCUGUACUUUCACAGUUUCUGCAGAAGGUGGCGCUGCAGUCGGCUGCAAGGUGGGAUGAACAGCCACAUGUCCUGCAGGUCUUUGAUUGAUCACCAUGAAACACAUGGCCCCUAAUUGGUGCCAGCUAGAUGGUGGGUGGUAGGUGGUGGAGUAAAUCAGAAUUAGCUCUCUCCUGAGACGCACAUAGAAACACCAGGCUCAAAUUCUAAUUCCAUUCUUGUCCCUCAUUUCCAUGCUCCGUAAGACAGUGCAAUGAGAGGACAGCCAUGUGUCUAUGUCCUCAGUUGCAACUUUUUCAGAGUACGUAAUCACGGUCAC